AUGAUGCAAGGUACAGGACUGGUGUGCACCUGCCUCGACCUUCAUGCUUGGGAUGGGAGAUGGCAGGGGCGACAAUGCUCGGCAGAUCAAGCGCAGCUGCGGGUUACAGGUGCUCCUUCUGGCAUCUCAAACAAGGCUCUGGCGCGGGCAUCACGAGAGAGGCAAGAGGCAGGAGCUAGAGCAAGAGCAGUCAGCACCUACCUGUGGUUAUACUGUUACUGUCAAGCCACAACCGCUCCUCCGGCAUCAAAACAAACCAUGCGUCUCACCAACCCCAACUCCAAAACACCAAAACCAAACGCCGUGUUCGAGACCGCAUACAAAAGAAACUCACACACUGCCGCCCUCUCCCUGCCAUCAUCCUUCCUCUUCCGUAUCCAUAUGCACAUGACAGAGACAUCGCCUCAAUACCAACAGCACUCGAUCGACAACGCCUUCGAUCCUUUCUGUCAUCACCACCAUCGCGUCUGCCCAUCGUCAGCUUCGUACGAAACACCUUGCAUCCAUCCCUCGUCACUCGCAGCCGCCGAUACGCAUUGCCGUCAAGCCAACACCAUCAUCAACAACAUCAUCAUCAAGCGCCCCCAGAAUUCUGCUCCAAGUCACCUGCCUGUCUGA